AUGGCGGAGAAGUUCGAUCACCUGGCGGAGCACCUGGAGAAGUUCGUGGAGAACAUCCGGCAGCUCGGCGUCAUGGUCAGCGACUUCCAGCCCAGCAGCCAGGCUGGGCUCAACCAGAAACUGAAUUUUAUCAUCACUGGCUUACAGGACAUCGAUAAGUGUAGACAGCAGCUUUGUGACAUUAUGGUGCCGCUAGAAGUGUUUGAGUACAUUGAUCAAGGUCGGAACCCCCAGCUCUACACCAAGGAGUGCCUGGAGGGGGCGCUGGCCAAGAACGAGCAGGUGAAAGGCAAGAUGGACACCAUGAAGAAAUGUAAAAUUCUGUUGAUUCAAGAACUUCCCAACGUGUUCUCAGAAGACAUGGCCAUGUAUCGGAGCACCCGAGGGGAGGACCAUCCCCCUUCCUAG